AGGCGGGGUGGCGGGCUGAACAUCGACUGCGUAGAUAUUCUUGGCCGCAACGCCGUUACUGUCGCCAUUGAAAACAACAACCUGGACGUUCUGAAACUGCUGCUGGAGCAUGGCUGUGAGAGCACAGAUGCAAUCCUGGUGGCCAUCGAGUUGGGAACGGUGGGUGCUGUGGACAUGCUCCUCAACCACCGACCACGGAGGUUCUUCAAACUCUCCAUUGCGAAACUCAUGCGCCGCAUUCAGAACCCGGAGGACUCAUCCGCAAUGGACGUCACUCCGGUCAUCCUGGCCGCCCAGCUGAACCGCUAUGAGAUCCUGGCCAUGCUGCUGAAGAAAGACGUCUCCCUGCCACGACCACACGCAGCCGGCUGCGAAUGCGCUCACUGCGGCACCAAGAGCAAGAACGACAGCCUCUGCCACUCCAGGAACUACUAUGAGGAAUUGGCCAAUCAGUGCCAGACAUUUGCCAAGGACCUCCUGGCCCAGGCGCAGAACUCCCGAGAGCUGGAUGUCAUCCUGAACCACCGGUCGGGCGAGGGCCAGAGGGACCCGGAGGGAGGAACGCCAGAGGAGCACAGCAACCUCAGCCACCUCAAACUGGCCAUCAAGUACAACCAGAAAGAGUUCGUGGCUCAGUCCAGCUGCCAGCAGUACCUGAACACGCUGUGGUUCGGGAAGAGGGCCGGGCACCGGCACCGGCCGGCGUUUCUGCGGCUCCUGACGGUGCUGGCUGUGGCCGCUCUGUGGCCGGUGCUCUCCGGCUGCUACCUGCUGGCGCCCCACUCCCAGCCGGGCCAGCUCGUCCGCACGCCCUUCAUCAAGUUCGUCAUCCACGCCGCCUCUUACUUCACCUUCCUCCUCCUGCUGAACGUCUACUCGCUGCUCUACAACAGCAGCAGAACCCAAAGCGUGAGCCCCAACCUGGGGGCCAUCGACUACCUGCUCAUCCUGUGGAUCUGUGGGAUGUUAUGGGCAGAUGUGAAACGGUUGUGGCACGAGGGCCUAGGCAACUUUUUUUCCGAGUCCAGAAACCAGCUCAGUUUCAUCAUGACCUCCCUCUACCUGUCCACCUUCACCCUCAAGCUCGUGGCCCACAGCAAGAUAUCGAUGGGCCAGAUGCUGCAGGAGUUUGGGAAGUUCCUGAGCCUGUUCCUGCUGGUGCUGGUGUCCUUCACCAUGGGCCUGACCCAGCUGUACGGCGGGGAUGAGGGAGGUUCGCCCGAGGACCUGCCAGCCGAGUGCAAGGACUCGCCAGAGUCCUGCGAGCAGAAUAACGAUGCCUUCAACUCGUUUCUGGGCACCUGCUAUGCCCUGUUCUGGUACAUCUUCUCCCUGGCCCACGUGGCUCUGUUCGUGACUCGGGUGAGCUACACAGAAACAUUGCGCUCCCUGGUGGGGGCGCUCAUCGUAGGGACGUACAACGUGGUGGUCGUCCUCGUCCUCACCAAGCUCCUGGUGGCCAUGUUGCACAAGAGCUUCCAGCAGAUCGCCAACCAUGAGGACAAGGAGUGGAAGUUUGCCCGGGCAAAGUUGUGGCUGAGCUACUCCGAUGACAAGUGCACCCUCCCUCCCCCCUUCAACCUGCUCCCCUCCCCCAAGACUGUGGCAACCUGUCUGGGGGAGUGGGCCUGCUCCUGCACCCCCUCUGGAAAGAUACGGAGACAGAACACCCUGAGGGAGAGCAGGUCCCAGAGGAAGAAGCUGGACGAGAGCUAUCAGAAGACCAUGUGCUGCCUGGUCCACCGCUACCUGACCUCCACCCGAAGGGAGAUGCAGAGCGUAGGCAGAGCCACCAUGGAGAGCCUGCAGGACCUGCGGCAGGAGCUCUCCAAGUUCCGCAAAGAGAUGAGGGAACUGAUGGGCACCAGUACCUCCAAGCAGGCCACAGGCUACCCCGAAAACUGAGACGUCCGUUAAAAUUCAAACGUACUGGAAUCCAAAAUGCAUACAAGUCAUGGAUUUCAUAACACAUCCCUCCUUACCUGUUAUUUCAUCUGGAAGAAAAUCCCAAGGUACCCCUCGCACGCAGUGAGCAAAUAAGUACCACAUUGACCACUAGGGGCAGUAUAAGGUAAAAAAUGCCAAGGACCUUGUUUAUCUUGAAUAUAUUUCACACACACCCGAGUUUGGAAUGGAGAAUGGUAUAUCAAUUUUCAAUUGUAAGACAUAUUUAAAUGCACUUUGAACAUGAAAGUGGCACUAUUAGGCAGAAACAAUGGCAUUUAUCUUUGAGGAAAUGUAUCUACUUUGAGACUGUAUAGUUUGUGGGAAAAAGGAGUCAGUCAAAAGGAAAAGAAACAUGUAGGCCAAAAUAAGAGAUAAUUUUAUCUGAAGUACACAAGGAAAAGGGGGAUUGUACAGGCAAGAAUACUGUUUCAAUCCAGGGAAAACAACAGCUGCCUUGCCAAACCUGACUAAUGUGUUUCAGACACUUCUGAAUUAUAAACCCAAGAUGAUAACUGUAUUUUUUGGUAAAAUGCCCUCUUGAUCUGAUAAUAAUUUCACUCCAGUAUCUACUGAGUCCUUAUGCACCAAAUUCACAUUUAAGAAUCAUAUUUUCUGUAUGUGGGGGUGAGAUGGUUCGUCUUCAAGCUAUCUUAAAAAAUGACAAAUGCAGUAUACUAUCUGAAAUCUGUGUGAAGGAGCAAAACCUUGUUUUCAUUAAAUCACACACUAGCUGGUUCAA